UUAUUUUUAAAAGUGAAGAAAAAUAAUGCAAAAACUUGGUAUCAAUUCAUCAAACAUACAAUCAUUGGGCAGACAUUUGAAGCCAAACUUUUCGUUUUCUUUGAAUCAAAAGUUUAAGAAAUGGUUCGAUAUUUACGAAGACUUUAUUGGCGUCAAAGAAGUUCGCAAAACACAGGAAGCAGUUCUCAAAAGUGAGUCCGAGUUUGUCGGUUCAACCAAAGCCCGACGCGAUGUCCAAAACCAGAUGAUUGGUCUUCAGGAACAACUCAAACAAAUCAGACAAAAACUCGACUCUACGCACAGAAGCGACGAGUCGUAUCUGACGCUAAUUACAAGAGAGCAUCAGUUUAUCAAAGAAGAGAUCCAACUGUUGGAAACACUUCGCCGAUUGGAGGAAACAGAAAGACAAUUGUUUUCGCAAUUUUCAAAUAAGUUAAGAGAGGCUCACGAGGUGGAACGGGUCCGCCAGGAAAAGACAAAAUAUUUGUCAAUGUUGGGCACAAUUAUCGGCGCCUGUCUCGGCAUUAUAGCCACCAGUGUUAAUCAUGCAUUCAAACGGCGCGAUUUCAAAGAGUUGGCCAAAAUGAUAGAGACGUCCAACGCGUCAAAAGUGGCACUCAAUAGUAGUAGUAGUAGUGUCGCAACAACUACUUCGGAACCGUUAGCUCACGAAAACAACAGUAUGGCCAGCAAUGCGACGAUAGCUAAGAGUACGGUAAUAACGAUGACGACGACAAAUGAAACACAGACUGAUCCGCAGUCGACAACAAGAGAUGACGACAAUAAGAUUGUUGAAUGCAUUGCAAACACUGAAUCCAAUUUAGAGUAUAAGAUGAAAGUCAAUAGUUUGACUACCGUUGUGGUCACCUAUGCGCUCAUUGCCAUCACUUUACCGAUAAUUAUACGAGUGUUUAGCGAUUGA